AUGGUGUUGGAGGGAGAGACAUCAACUUCAAAAGGGCCAAGGAAUGGGUAUGUCUUAUUUAGAGAGGAAUUUGCUCAAGGGAAAAAAUUCAAGGGUGUAGUAGAUAGAACUAACAAGGCGAAAGAGGCAUGGGCAAGGCUCUCUAUUAAGGAGAAGAAAAUAUAUAGUGAAAGGGCCAAACAAAUGAGGCCGGAGAAGAAGAAGAGUAAGAGAGUAUGGAAAAUGUUCACCCGUUGCUCUGUUCGUCAAUUCAUGUCACUGGCGGAAUUUGUUAAGAGUGAUGAAAGUUUAAGACAAAGGAUAGAGAACAUAGGAUUCUCUAAGUUGUUGGAUGUGGAAAUUGACAAACUCCCACGUGAGUUAAUUGUAGCUUUCAUUCAAUCGUACGAUCCAGCAACACAUCAGUUCCGAUUAAGGGGGAGGACAGAAGAAGUUGAGGCAAACGAUGUGGGAACAUUGCUUGGUGUGCCCCAUACUGGGGAAGAGGUAAAAGGAGAUGUUGAUGAAAAUCAUGACACAUAUAAGAAGCUGAGGAGAAAGUAUUUAAAUGUUGUUUAUAGCAAGAUAUUAGCUGACAUAAAAAGUGGGACGGAUGAUGAGCAUUUUGAACUAUUAUUUAUGUUGGUCACACUUGGCACAUUUCUAGCUCCAACUUCAAGUGCAAGAGUUGGUGAGAAGUUAUUAAGGGUGGUAUGUUCAACUAUGAAUGGGUAUGAACAGUAUGAUUGGGCAACGUACAUCAUGAAUGACCUCUACAAGGAAAUGGAAGAUUAUGUGAAUUUGUUCAGGAAGGAGAGGGAUCCGUGCUGCACUGUGGGUGGCUGCCUGUACUUCUUGGUGCUAUAUUUGGGUGAGAAAUUCCCAUUGUCAAAAGCUACUAACCAUGACCCAACAAAUGCUAUUGCAUAUUGGACGGAUAAGAGAAUAAAGGAAUUGGUCAACAAAGAGUCAAAGAGUAACAUAGGCCUAUUGUACAAAGGGAAGUCUACAAAAGUGGUCGAAGAUACAAUAAGUGUUGCUCAUCUACGGCCGGAAUUGAAGCAAGUGCAUCGAAGGAUGAUGGAUGCACUUGAGGAAAGCCAUAAAAGGCUUAGUAACCAAUUUGCAGAGGAGCUUAUGAAGGUGCAGCUCCAUCUACAGGGGAUGCCAAGUUCAAAUCUGAGGGACCUUGUUGACAACACACGCGAUGAGGCAGUGAUUCUUCCAUCUGAUGGUAAAGGUGAAGAGGGAGGUAGUGACAAAGGUUAUAGUGAUGGAGAUACUGCUGAAGGUGAAGCCCAUGAUCAGGAAAGAGGUAGUGAUGAAGGUGAUGAGGAUGGAGAGGAAGGAGACAGUGAGAAAGGUGAUGAUGAAGGAGAUAAAGGGGUGGAGUCAUCAGAUGAAGAGACUGACAAGGGAGAAGACCAAAGGCCAUCAAAGAGAACAAUCAUUCCAAGUCGUCAAGUAACUUCUCCAUGGAUUUCCAUGUUGAAGCCUGUUAAGAGAGGAGAAAGAGAGAUUAUGGUUACAAUGUGUGAUGAACAAAUUGAUCGGGAUCAAUUGCGCACGAUAGGUGGAAUCGAAAGAGUGAGCCCUCUAAUAACAAUGGUCGGUAGGGCAUUAAUGGCAGAGGCAGGUGAGGGAGGACAAGUGAGGCGACACAUUUUUGAUGCUGAGUUCAUGAUGAAAAUGCUUGGUAACCCUUCUCAGUGGCGAGCAUCAGAGAACAAACGUGCUAUUUUGCCACAGCAUAUCGGGUACAACCUAGGUGACUGUGAUUUAAUAUUUGGACCCGCAAUUGUUGAGUCUCACUGGUUUUGCUUUGUGUUGGAGCCAAAAACAAUGCAUUUUUAUGUCCUGGACUCCAUGAGGCUGCCUAAUGAUAUGCCAAAGAAGACCAAGAAGAAGGAUUCAUUGGAAGAAAAAAGGAUGUUUCAUCUUCAUGCAUGUAGAGACAACUUUUAUGAUAUAAUUGCAUUAGUCAGACCUCAACUUGUUGGGAAGAAGCCUAAGACUGAUAUUAUUUUUGCACCUGUUCCACAACAGAACAACUUGAGAGAUUGUGGUGUUCAUGUGUUGAUCUGGCUAAGCAAAUGGGUCCCGGAUGUGACAUUUGACUUCAAUGAGAAUCAUGUAGCUGAGUUUAGGCGUGAGCUAAUGUGGUGGCUAGUUAAUCAUCCGCAAAAUUCAAGUCGUGAAGAAGCCUUAACUCUCCUCUCAGAACAGCAGAACAAGACAACCACCAAAAGACGACGUUUGUCAUAG